CCCCGCCCCGCCAUGGCGCCGCUGGCGGACCUGUACCAGGUGUCCAUGGCCUACGGGCACUGGCGGGCCGGGCGGCACCGAGCCCCGGCCGCCGCCGAGCUCUUCUUCCGCCGCCCGCCCUUCCGCGGCUCCUUCGCGCUCGGAGCCGGCCUGGCCGAGGGGCUGCGGGGGCUCCGAGCCUUCCGCUUCUCCGCUGCCGACGUGGCGUACCUGCGCUCUGUCCUGCCCAGCACCAUAGACGAUGCCUUCUUUGACUACCUGGCCACCCUGGACGCCUCCGAGGUGACCGUCAGCGCCAUUCCCGAGGGCUCCGUCGUCUUUGCCAGGGUGCCGUUCCUGCAGGUGAAGGGGCCGCUCCUGGUGGUGCAGCUGCUGGAGACCACCUUGCUGUGCCUGGUCAACUACGCCAGCCUGGUGGCCACCAACGCUGCCAGAUUCCGUCUCCUCGCCGGCCCGGACGUGAAGCUGAUAGAGAUGGGGCUCCGCUGCGCGCAGGGGCCGGACGGAGCCCUGUCGGCAUCCAAAUAUUCCUACAUCGGGGGCUUCGACUGCACCAGCAACAUCCUGGCGGGAAAACUCUACGGAAUUCCGGUGCGCGGCACCAUCGCCCACUCCUUCAUCAUGUCCUUCAGGUGCCUGGAGGAGGUGCAGGCGCGGGUGAGCAGGGCCUGGGAUGGGCUGGGAAUGGGAAUGGGGAUGAAUGGCUGUACAAAUCCCAUAUUCCCAAACUCCUGGCACCUNGCCAUCCCCGCGUGCCCCCAACCCCGUAUCUCUUCCGUAUCCCUCCUCUCAUUCCCCCCGCUCCUCCCCGUGUCCCCACCCCUGUCCCCUUGUCCCCGCCCCGCCAUGGCGCCGCUGGCGGACCUGUACCAGGUGUCCAUGGCCUACGGGCACUGGCGGGCCGGGCGGCACCGAGCCCCGGCCGCCGCCGAGCUCUUCUUCCGCCGCCCGCCCUUCCGCGGCUCCUUCGCGCUCGGAGCCGGCCUGGCCGAGGGGCUGCGGGGGCUCCGAGCCUUCCGCUUCUCCGCUGCCGACGUGGCGUACCUGCGCUCUGUCCUGCCCAGCACCAUAGACGAUGCCUUCUUUGACUACCUGGCCACCCUGGACGCCUCCGAGGUGACCGUCAGCGCCAUUCCCGAGGGCUCCGUCGUCUUUGCCAGGGUGCCGUUCCUGCAGGUGAAGGGGCCGCUCCUGGUGGUGCAGCUGCUGGAGACCACCUUGCUGUGCCUGGUCAACUACGCCAGCCUGGUGGCCACCAACGCUGCCAGAUUCCGUCUCCUCGCCGGCCCGGACGUGAAGCUGAUAGAGAUGGGGCUCCGCUGCGCGCAGGGGCCGGACGGAGCCCUGUCGGCAUCCAAAUAUUCCUACAUCGGGGGCUUCGACUGCACCAGCAACAUCCUGGCGGGAAAACUCUACGGAAUUCCGGUGCGCGGCACCAUCGCCCACUCCUUCAUCAUGUCCUUCAGGUGCCUGGAGGAGGUGCAGGCGCGGGAGCUGCCGCCUCGGGCCGGAGGAGAUCCCGUGGAUCUGGCAGGCCUGGCCGUGUCCUGGCUGCAGCGGGUUUGUGACCUGCUCCAGACUCCUCUGGGCAAGGCCAACCAGGGCGAGCUGGCCGCCUUCGUGUCCUACGCUGUCACCUUCCCCUGCGACUUCCAGGGAUUGCUGGACACCUACUGUGUCAGGAGGAGUGGUUUGCCCAAUUUCUGUGCCGUGGCCUUGGCACUGCACCAGCUGGGAUACCAGGCCAUCGGAGUGCGCCUGGACAGUGGGGACCUGGCCCAGCAAUCCAAGGAAAUCCGGGGAGUGUUCCAAGCCUGUGGAGCUCACUUCCAGGUGCCCUGGUUUGGGACCAUCCCCAUCGCUGUCAGCAACAACAUCAGCGAGCAGAGCCUGGAGGAGUUCAGGAGGGAGGAGCUGCCGCCUCGGGCCGGAGGAGAUCCCGUGGAUCUGGCAGGCCUGGCCGUGUCCUGGCUGCAGCGGGUUUGUGACCUGCUCCAGACUCCUCUGGGCAAGGCCAACCAGGGCGAGCUGGCCGCCUUCGUGUCCUACGCUGUCACCUUCCCCUGCGACUUCCAGGGAUUGCUGGACACCUACUGUGUCAGGAGGAGUGGUUUGCCCAAUUUCUGUGCCGUGGCCUUGGCACUGCACCAGCUGGGAUACCAGGCCAUCGGAGUGCGCCUGGACAGUGGGGACCUGGCCCAGCAAUCCAAGGAAAUCCGGGGAGUGUUCCAAGCCUGUGGAGCUCACUUCCAGGUGCCCUGGUUUGGGACCAUCCCCAUCGCUGUCAGCAACAACAUCAGCGAGCAGAGCCUGGAGGAGUUCAGGAGGGAGGGGACCAACCUGGUGACGUGUCCCCUGCAGCCAUCGCUGGGCUGUGUCUACAAGCUGGUGGAGGUCAACGGCUCCCCAUGCCUGAAGCUCACGGAGGAUGAGGAGAAGAUGACAAUCCCGGGGAUGAAGACGAUCUAUCGGCUCUAUGACGCUGCUGGCCACCCCUUCAUGGACCUGAUGGCCCUGGAAGAGGAGCCGUCACCCAGCGCGGGGCAGGAGCUGGGGAUCCGUGUCCUGGGGCGGCUUGGGGAGACCACCAAGGUCAUUCCCACCACCGUGGAGCCCCUCCACCGCACCUACUUCAGGGAUGGCCAGGUGUGUGAGCCCCUGCCCAGCCUGCCCGAGGUGAGGACCCACGCCCAGGUGUCCCUCAACCUGCUCAGCCCCGCUCACCGCCGGCUCCACGAGCCACAGCCCUACCCGGUGGCCCUGACGGAACGGCUGCACCAGCUCUUCCAGGAACUGAGUCAGGGCAGCCACUGAGGGGGUCCCUGCUCAUCCCCAGCUCCUGCUCCGCUCCUUUUUGGGAAGCCCAGGUGCCUCGUUAGGAAUUAACAGCUCUAAUUUAGACCUUUCUGCUGCUUGGUGCUAACCCGAGGAACCUGCAGGAACUGGGAGAGGUCCUGGUAGGGAAGCUGGGAACACAGGGAUGGGGAAGGCAGAGCUGUCCCUGCAUCCCCUGGAAGUGACAGUCCUGUGCUCAGCUUGGUGGCCUUGCCACUCCUGUGCCUUCCUUGGUGGCCCUGCCAGCCUUGUGCCUUAUCUUGGUGGCCCUGCCAGCCUUGUGCCUUCCUUGGUGGCCCUGCAAUCCCUGUGUCCAACUUGGUGGCCCUGCCAGCCUUGUACCGUCCUUGGUGGCCCCGCCACUCCUGUGCCUUCCUUGGUGGCCCUGCAAUCCCUGUGUCCAACUUGGUGGCCCUGCCAGCCUUGUGCCUUAUCUUGGUGGCCCUGCCAGCCUUGUUCCUUCCUUGGUGGCCCUGCCAGCCUUGUGCCUUAUCUUGGUGGCCCUGCCAGCCUUGUUCCUUCCUUGGUGGCCUUGUCAUUCCUGUGCCUUCCUUGGUGG